GUGCGGCCUUUGGACUGGGACUCGAGUCACCAGGGGCUGCUGGAGGGCACCAUGACCCGCAAAGGCGCCCAGCGGUUGCUGAAAAUGCUGGACCCACGUGGACAGACUCCAGACAGAGAGAUUGAUCUCAUGGACCCGCAGUUCCAAGCUCCUCCAGAUGGUAGCGAGCCGAUGGUGGAGGGGUCCCCAGUGCGAGUCUCUCCGGACUGCACUGUCAAAGACGUCUACCUGCUGAUGAAAGUCGCUGAAAGCGAUGGUGUGGUGUACGUGACGGACCGGGGAAUUCUGCAGGGCACCAUCACGCUGACCACCCUCAUGAGCCGCGAGAUUUGA